AUGGAGCAGCCAUCUCAAAAACGAGUAUCCAAAGCGUGCGACGCGUGCAAAAGGAGGAAAGUGCGUUGCAACGGGCAAACGCGCUGCCAGCAAUGCGCCCAUCUCGGUUUGCGGUGCAUCUACUCACCGUCCGGCAAGCAAAGGUCUCAGGGCAAGAGAGGCCAUAUCAUCUCCGAGUUCAGAAAUCAAACGUCCAGCCAGCCAGCCAUAUCGCCGCCAAUACUGCCUGCUCAUUCAGGAGCAGCCAGCUUCCAGACGCCAUACAGCCCCAUCUCGCCAAUACUUGACCGCAAUGGAGGCACGCCGACAUCUCCCUCGCCAUCAUUCACAUCGCAGUACACUAAAGCUUAUUUUCUCGACCUUAUCCCGGAUUACGUCGAUGGGGUGUAUCCCGUACAUCCGGUCAUUGCCGAAUAUGAGCUCAGACAAUACAUCGAGGUCAUGGACAACGAUCCAGACGUUCGCUCAUUCAUUUUUGCUUUUGGCGCUUGUACGCUGAAUCUUACGCGCUAUGGUGAUCGCAGAACAGAUGAAGUCGUUCAAACGAUCGAAAGUCUUAUGGACUACUCGGUUGAUACUAUGAGGCGAACCCACAAACAUUGUCAAGUUUCUGUUAUGCGAGCUGUGCAGUCAAUGUUCAUACACAACUGCCUCAUGAGUCUAUCAGGUAGCGACAGCGCAUUCUACUACAUGCGCGACGCCAUUACAAUCAUUCAGCUCCUGCGGAUAGACAACCCAGAGAACGUGUCACAGCUAGCUCCUCCUGAGCGAUCUCGAAGACAGCGGCUGUAUUGGCAAGCGUACAUACACGAGCGAUUUCUAGCUAUAUUGGACUACCGACGAGCUAUUCUGCCUCCGCUCUACACCCUGCCAGAAGACGACCCGACACUUCCGAUACAGAUUCACGAAGGCUUCAAUCAAAUUAUCAAGCUUUUCCGCAUGCUCGACACAGAAUUUCUAGAUAGCUGGCUUGGCUCGCAAGGAGGCGGCGUGACGAGCACCUGGGUUGAGGCCAAAUCGCGCGAGCUUGAAGGCGACCCCGAAGCCGAUGCACGAGAGUUGGCCAUGCUGUCCAUGAUGCAAAGGGCCGAUUUGUGCAUCACCCGUGAGUGGCUGCGCACUUUGGUCUGGCGCCUGGCUAUGAGCCAGACUCUCCUAUCAUCCCGCUCUUCGAAAGAGUGCUUGUCGCUCUUAUUCCCGGUACGGCUGUCACAGACACUACGGCAACAACUAUCAAGCAUGUCGCGCCAGGACAUUGAAGUACACGGAAGCAGCAUCACCCAAAAGCUUUUCGAAAUCACAGACACCAUUGCCGAUGUCCUGAUCCAUGUCCCCGCGGCAACCAUCGAUGAAACAGCACUACGGGUUGACGAUUUCCUUUUCAUCCUAGACUUUGUCUUAUUGAUUCCACAUCUUGAUCAAACACGGCGCGGAAUUUUGCAAGAGAAACUGUUACGGCUCCAAACUAUGUUCCCUGAAGCGCUCAGCAACGCUAGUUCGCCGAACCUACCGCACGAUGUGAAUAGUCCUGGUGGUGCGAAUGACCCUUGGUAUCAAGUCACGCAGUCGAAGACAGCUGCAGGGUUAGAAGAUUUAGCCGACGAAUUGGUGCAGAAUCAGACCCAAGAGAUCCCGAGAUCGGAGGCGAGAAGCGGUCAAUUGGCUACUUGGAACAACAUCUCCCAUCGCUUGUCGAUGCAGGUCGCUCAUGUAGCUCAGUGA